GCAGCACCGCCAAGCGUUUCAAUCCUCUGUACUCGUUUCAUCGCAGAAUCGACGACAGCAGACAUGGCAGACACCGCAGCUUCUCCCAAGAAGGCCGCCAAGGCGAAGAAGCCCAAGGCACCAGCAGCCCACCCACCAUGCAGUGACAUGAUCACCGCGGCCAUCACCGCUCUGAAGGACCGCAAGGGCACGUCCCUGGCGGCCAUCAAGAAGUACGUGGCGGCCAACUACAAGUUCGACGUGGACAAGCAGGGCCAUGUCCUCAGGCGCACCCUGAAGCGCAUGGUGGAGAAGGGCACUCUGACCCAGCCCAAGGGCAAGGGCGCCUCUGGCUCCUUCAAGAUCAGCGCUGCCGCCCAGAAGCCAGCCAAGCCCAAGAAGAAGCCCGCCGCCAAGAAGCCUGCCGCCAAGAAGGUGAAGAAGGCCAAGAAGCCAGCUGCAAAGAAGCCUGCGGCCAAAAAGGCAAAGAAGUCUCCCAAGAAAGCGGCAAAGAAGACACCCAAGAAGGCCGCUCGCAAGAGCGCCCCGGCCACCGGAGGUGUCAAGAAGCCCCAUCGUUACAGGCCCGGCACCGUGGCCCUCAGGGAGAUCCGUCGUUACCAGAAGUCCACCGAGCUGCUCAUCCGCAAGCUGCCCUUCCAGCGCCUGGUCAGGGAGAUCGCCCAGGACUUCAAGACCGACCUGCGCUUCCAGAGCUCUGCCGUCAUGGCUCUGCAGGAGGCUAGCGAGGCCUACCUGGUCGGUCUCUUCGAGGACACCAACCUGUGCGCCAUCCACGCCAAGCGUGUGACCAUCAUGCCCAAGGACAUCCAGCUGGCCCGCCGUAUCCGUGGCGAGCGUGCUUAAACACCUAGCCUGACCCAAGUGACCCCGGCCCUUUUCAGGGCCACCCACAUUUUCCAAAAAGAACGAUGUU